CCAGCUGCUGCUGUAAGAUGGCGGCGGUGUUGCCCGAGUGCCGGCCGAUCACUUAUUGCGUUUAUAAAUGGUCCAGUUACUCUUCCAUUUACGUUCCCGAAAAUAUUUUGGUGGAUAAACCUCACGAUCAAUCUUCAAGGUGGUCCUCCGAAAGCAACUACCCUCCUCAGUACUUGAUUCUGAAACUUGAGAGGCCUGCAAUAGUCCAAAGCGUCACUUUUGGCAAAUAUGAAAAGACCCAUGUGUGCAACCUGAAAAAGUUUAAAGUUUAUGGGGGAAUGAGUGAAGAAAACAUGACAGAACUACUUUCAAGUGGCUUAAAGAAUGAUUACAACAAGGAGACUUUCACCUUGAAGCACAAAAUUGAUGAUCAGAUGUUCCCCUGUCGUUUCAUUAAAAUAGUUCCAUUAAUGUCAUGGGGGCCUAGCUUUAACUUCAGCAUCUGGUACGUUGAACUACAUGGGAUAGAUGAGCCAGACAUUGUACAACCGUGCCUUAACUGGUAUAGCAAGAUGCUGCCAGACUUGUACCGUGAACAAGAAGCCAUUCGGCUAUGCCUGAAACACUUUCGCCAGCACAACUACACGGAGGCCUUUGAGUCAUUGCAGAAGAAAACUAAGAUUGCAUUGGAACAUCCAAUGUUGACCGAACUGCAUGAGAAGCUGGUACUUAAAGGUGACUUUGACACUUGUGAAGGACUGAUUGAAAAAGCUGUCAGCGUCUUUGCAGAAACAGUAUAUUUAUUUGGUGGUUGGGAUGGAACACAAGAUUUGGCAGACUUCUGGGCGUACAGUGUUAAAGAGAACCAAUGGACUUGUAUAUCAAGGGACACUGAGAAAGAGAGUGGGCCAAGUGCUAGGUCUUGCCAUAAGAUGUGUAUUGACACAACACGAAGGCAGAUAUACACACUGGGCCGUUACUUAGAUUCUUCUGUGCGGAAUAGCAAGUCUCUGAAGAGUGAUUUCUAUCGCUAUGACAUAGACACUAAUAAAUGGACAUUGUUAAGUGAAGAUACUGCUACAGAUGGUGGACCAAAGUUGGUGUUUGACCAUCAGAUGUGCAUGGAUUCUGAAAAACACAUGAUUUACACGUUUGGUGGAAGGAUAUUAACUUGCAAUGGAAAUGUCGAUGACACUCGAGCUAAUGAGCCACAAUUCAGUGGACUUUUUGCUUAUCAUUGUCUGUCUAACACUUGGAAGCUACUUCGGGAAGACUCGUGCAAUGCUGGACCAGAGGAUGUACAGUCUAGGAUUGGGCACUGCAUGCUCUUUCACACUUGGACUGUUAUUUCUCCUGUUAAUCUGAAGAAGUUGAGUCGGAACAAUCUCAACAUAUUGGAGACAAAUUCCAUUCAGAUUAAGUUAGAAAGUAGUAUCAGUGCUGCUGUCCCUCAUGUUCCAAUGACAGGUUUCACUCAGCGGGCUACAAUUGAUCCAGAAUUGAAUGAGAUUCACGUCCUGUCGGGUCUCAGUAAAGAUAAAGACAAGCGGGAAGAGAACGUUCGGAAUUCUUUUUGGAUUUAUGACAUCGCCCGGAAUAAUUGGUCUUGUGUGUAUAAAAAUGAUCAAUCUGUAAAAGAUAAUCCGAAUAAGAGUCUUCAAGAAGAGGAGCCAUGCCCGCGAUUUGCUCACCAGCUUGUCUAUGAUGAUAUGCAUAAGGUAUCUUUACAUUUUUGGUUCUCAUUCAGUCUUCCGUAG